AUGUUGGGUUUUGUGUUUCGCACGCCGCCGGAGGUGGGUCCGCGCCCAUCGGGGACCUCUGCAGCGGGGGCAACUCGACACGCGUGCCAGCCUGUGGUUAAUGAUGACUCGGCAGAUGCAAUUCCAGAGCAUAACGAAUUCCUUUUUCCAGAAUAUGAAAUUUUGAUAGAACCUGAGGAACCAGAAUCUCCUGCUGACAACAAUGAGGAUGAACAAGGAGCUGAAGAUACAUCAAAGGACGCGAAAGAACAAGAGAAACUUGGAGCUGCAGGCGUUGCAGAUGAAACAUUUCAGUCCUUAGAUGAAGAGACAUUGGAAGCAAUGGCAAAACAUGAGACUGAAGAAGAAAAGAUCUUCCAAAUGUUUAAAAAACAAGUAGCUGCUGAACCAGAGCAGAUUAUUAGAUACUGCAGAGGAGAAGGUGGUCCACUCUGGGUGUCAGGUGAAAACAGGCCUGAAGAAAAAGACAUCCCAAAUUGUGUAUGUGGUGCCAAAAGGAAAUUUGAAUUCCAGAUUAUGCCACAGCUCCUGAAUCACCUUCAGGUUGACAGCCUCGGAGAGAGCAUUGACUGGGGAACGCUGGUGGUGUACACUUGUGCUAACAGCUGUGGUGGGGCAAACGAAUACCUGGAAGAGUUCAUAUGGAAACAAGACUAUUCCAUGGGCUGUACUAUAUGAAGUUGAGUCAUCCAAAUGGAAUACUUGAUUUGUUUCACUGCAUCUCUGCACUAUGCAAACAAGUAGUUGAACUGAAGUCACUGAUAAUUGUGCAUCUUGUAACAUGAUAAAACUGCUGUAACUAGACCUUGACAGCCUCUCUUGUGCUCCAGAGGAGCUUCUACUUCAACCUGAUAAUGAAGCCAGAUGCGUUUGUUCAGAAAGCUUCAUUUCAAAUCUCAUUUCUGGAAGUUUAUUAAAUACAGAUGAAAAACUU